AUGGACCCCCGUACCACCAACGAAGUCCCCUACCCCUUCUCCUUCGAGAGCGGCAAGAGGAUAGAAGCAGAGCCCCGCGCCGACGGCACCCGCAGCACCACAAUCACAUUCCCCAACGUCCGCGGCCGCCUGCCCUCGGCGCAGGCCUCGCGCCUGCGCUCCAUGAUGCUCGAGGCCCACGCCGACGCAGCCAAGAUCCUCGCCUUCCCUUGCUCCUACGACGCGCUGUCGUCCCGGCUCGUCGAGGAGGCCGGCUUCCCGCUGCUCUUCCUGUCCGGGUACGCCGUCGCCAGUUCGCACGGCCUGCCGGACACGGGCUACGUCGCCAUGCAGGAGAUGUGCGACAAGCUGCAGGAGACGGCGCGGCAGACGUCGGUGCCCAUAGUGGCGGACGGCGACACCGGGUACGGGGGCCCGAUGAACGUCCGGAGGACGGUGGAGAGCUUCGCGCUGGCCGGCGCGGCGGGGGUGAUGAUUGAGGACCAGACUUGGCCGAAGCGUUGUGGCCAUACGCGUGGGAAGACGGUUGUGCCUCGUGAGGAGGCGUUUGCGCGGAUCCAAGCGGCAUGCGAUGCUAGAGACAACGGGCUAGACAUUUUCAUCUUGGCCCGCACGGACUCACUCAUCCUCGGAUGGGACGAGGCGAUGUAUAGGGCGAAGGAGUUUGCGAGGAUAGGAGCCGAUGGCAUCUUCAUCGAGGCCCUGCCUGACCGGGACGCGAUGAGGCGAGCUGUAGAGGAGGUCAAGAUGCCGAUGCUAGCUAACAUCAUUGAAGGGGGUUUGACCGAGAACCUGUCUGCGUCAGAGCUAGCAGACAUAGGCUUUAGUGCUGUUGCCUAUCCAUUCACUCUCGUUGCAGCCAAGUUGAAGAGUAUCCGGGACACGUUACGAGCUCUGAAGGCCAGUCUUCCAGUCGGGCCGCCGCCCAUGAUCCUAUCUGCAGAAGAAGUCUGUGAAGGGGUAGGCUUCAACAUGUACUGGGAACUUGAAAAACGGUAUGCUUUCACUACAAAUGGGCAGAACGGUGCAUUAGGGGCGAACUCAAACACCAAGGCUAUUGGGAGCAGGACUGUGGACAAUACGCCGGGCGCAAGUGAGGAUCUCAAUGGCAGAAGGUGA